AUGUGCGCCCAACCGCUGCAGACUUCGCAGCUUAUGAAUGGUCGGCCCAAUGAUGCAGAGCAACAUAGAGCUGACGAGUCCAGACUCACUGGAGAUGUCCAAGGUGAAUCUGGAGUGGUGACAGAUGUGGAUAGGCAACAAGUGGAGGCUGUGGAUGGUGAGGAUCUACAGUCGGGCUUGUGGAUACAAGAAGCUGGGACUGAGCAGGUGACUACAGAGACUACAGCUGGAGCAGUGCAGGCAUCGCCGAUGAUGGGAGCGACGACGACACUGGAUCUAGGUAGGCGAUCUGCAGCCGAUCAAAGCGGACCGGCCACGCUAGCUGAUGACACAUCUGGAGAAUUUGCAACGCCUAGAGCCAUGGUUUCGCCAGGGGCUCCGAAUCAGGCUGCAUGGUUGAAUGGUGUAGAGCCACCUAGGUGGCUGCAGAGAUUGAGCACGUUUCUGAGUGCCAAGGGCAAUACCAUCGGCGCCUACUCCACCUUCCUCGUCGAGUGUGUGCUCCGCUACCACAUGGUCCAGGUACUCUUCAAGGUGACGACCGAGGAAGUCGACCUGUACCAGAAGGGUUACUUCGUGCAUGGUGGGGAUCGAGACCUAGGGACCCAAGUCCACCUCAGAGAGCAGCGCAAGAUGGUUCAGGACUGGCUAGAAGUUUCCUAUGUGGCGAUGUGUGACAUCAGCGAAGGCAGUGCGGCGUGGUGGUCAGGCGUCAUGGAAAUGGUUGAGGAGGUUUACGCUAGAUGGUUGACAGCCUCGCCUUUAGAGAAACUGUCUAUAGAGCCCAGAGACUCAGACAAGUGGUGCAAUGGAAAGUGGACAAGGGUGAACGCUAGGGCGUCAUCGAUGCUGCUUACCGCAAUGCCGCUUGAGCUUAGAAGUGAGAUGGUUUCGAGAAGAUUCACCAACGACUGCGUGAAGCUGAUGUUCAGGUUAUUUACGGCGUACCAACCAGGAGGCUCUGCAGAAAGGUAUGAUGUUCUUCGUCGCCUUCAAGCUCCUUCCGACUUCACGGGGGGAGACUCCUUGGAGCAAGUCCUGAGGACGGUGCGGUCGCGGCCGCGGUGGCUUGAGAGAUGCAAGGCGGUCCAGAUGAUACCUCCAGAUGCGUCGGUUCUUUCCCGGGGAUUGCUGGCGCUAACGACUAAGCAUAUAGAGUCGUCAACGGAUGCAAGCUUCAGGACUUCGAUGUUGAGGGCAUCCUUGAGGUUGGACGGAAGGCCUACCCUGGAGCAAGUACAAGCCUAUCAACGUCAUCUACAAGCGGAGCUGGAAGUGAUGUCGCUUAGUACAACUAAGCCUACUAUCAACCCGGCGGCCAAGGUACAAGCAGUGGAAACCACGCUCCAGCCGAAGGCGAAGGACGCAGGCCAGAGGAGUACCAGUGGUGACUUGUGCAGAUACUUCGCAAAAGCAUCAGGAUGCCGUCGAGGAGAUAAGUGCAACUACUCGCACUCUAUGGCGUCGCUGGACAAGGAGCUGAGAGCGAAGAAGUGCCUCAAGUGUGGUGCUGAAUCGCACAGGCAGAAAGACUGCCCGGUGGGCAGACCACCACCAAAGGCGCCGACGAGUCAACAAGGACGAGAUCCCAAGGACGGUAAAGGCCUACGAGGACGAGGUGAGCAGAAUCCUGGUUCGACACAAGGCACGACAGCGACGGUGGCAGCGGCAUCUGCGCUGGGGGAUCCGGUUUCAGGAACUCCUUGGACUUUGGAAGCUCUUGUUCAGGCCGCGCAGCAGGUGGUACAAGUGCAAGCAGAGCCACAAGGGGAGAGUUCUCCAGAGAAGAUUAGGCCGGAAGUCAAGAAGAUCGUCUUGAAGGACAUCAAGGUCUGCUCAGCAAAGGGAUCGGCUACAGCCCUUGUGGACAGUGGGGCAACACAUAGCUUAAGGACAGCGAAAUCCAUGGAGGAGUGGUCUGGUGCAGAGUUGAUCACUGUACAGCUUGCAGGGAGCCACUUCUUGACGAUGAGGAUAACGAAAGCAGGUACACUGCUGAUGCCUCCAUCCAAGGACAAUGGUGGUACUACCCAGAAGCCAGGGCAAACGAUUGUGCCGAUGGGGCAGCUGAUUCAAGUCCUGGGUUACAGUAUGUUCUGGAGCCCUACAGAGUGCUACCUCGAAGAUUGCAAUGGUCACAGAACCCCGCUGCAAACAGAUGGAGGUUGUCCACAGGUGUGCGAGCUGGAAGCGCUAACCCUGAUUGCGCGCCUCGAGGAUCGUAAGCUGGAGGAGCUGAAGAACGCCACCUUGACAACCAAGGACAAAGUCCAAAU